CAGCUAAGGCUUCCAGCCUGAACCAGAACAUGCAACGUUGAGUCCACCAGCCAGCAGAACAAGAGAAGGAAGGAAUGAAGUUCACGGAGAUUGGCCAAGGCUUUCUGGAAAAGUGACAUAAUCAUCAUUGGAAUUUCUAGGUAGAAGGGAAUCCAGGGGGGAGAACCAGCGCCAAGAAAGAAGUGUGGGAUAUGAUUUGGAUUUGGGAAGAGGAGAGAAGACUGAGGCUCAACAUUGACGGGAGACUUCUGACUCCAGCUUGGGGUGUGGAUGGGUUAGAGCUGAAGCAGUGCCCUCUGCCAGGCCCCGGGCCCCAGGUGGAGAGUGGCGUGAGGCGCCUUGGGCUGCCCUGCAAUCAGCACACGGCCGUGUCUUAGGCACGGGGAGGGGUCGCGCCCCGCUGCCCACCCUGUCAGUCCGGAUUUGGGCGCGGUGCCUCCCCUACCCCAGGCCAGGCAGUGUCCCCCAGGCAGGGCGGGGCCCAGCGCCUGCGGGGCGAUGACUAAGCCUUGGCUGACAGCAGGAGCGGCCUGGCGGGAGAGUUAGGAGACAGGAUUAGUCGGCCGAGCGUCCGGGGUCGUGGCGUGGGCCGAGAGGGGUGCGGCGGACGCCAGAGGGCAGAUAAAAGGGGCGGCGCGGCGCUGGGACCGCUUUCCCCGUGCCGCGUAGCACCGGGAGAGGCCGCCAUCGGCCGCGGGCAGCGCUGGGCAGGGACGGGAGGCCGGGAAGCAUCGACGCCCGGGCAUGGCGGCGGCGGCGGCGUGCGAGCCAGUGGGCAGGCCGAGCCUGACCUCCAUCUCGUCAGGGGAGCUGCGCAGCUUGUGGACCUGCGACUGCGAGCUGGCCGUGCUCCCGCUGGCCCAGCUUCUGCGCCUGCAACCCGGAGCCUUGCAGCUACGCGGCGACCAGCUCGUGGUGCCCGGGCUCGGGGAGCCGGUGGCCGUGCGUGGGGGCUUCAACGUCUUCGGGGACGGCUUCGUGCGCCUGGAUGGGCAGCUCUACCGCCUCAGCAGCUACAUCAAGAGUCAACCAACUAACAACCGACCAAUCAGCCGCGGUGAAGGAAACAACCCGGACAAGUGCAAUCCAGUGCAGUGCGACCUAGCAUCAAACACCUGCACCUCUUUCCAGCUCUGGAGCACUCCAGCUUUUGUUCUCCUGCCACCCCAGGACAAGCCCCCAAACCACCUCCAGGGCAGAUGGCUUGGGAGGUAUGUGGAACUGACCAACUACUGUGAUUAUAAAGACUAUAGGGAAACUAUAUUGAGCAAACCAAUGCUGUUCUUUAUUAAUGUACAGACCAAACAAGACACCUCAAAAGAAAAGACAUACGCACUUCUUGUGAACACAAGGCACCCAAAGAUAAGAAGACAGAUAGAGCAGGGGAUGGACAUGGUCAUCUCCUCAGUGAUUGGAGAAAGUUACCGACUGAAGUUUGAUUUUCAAGAAGUAGUGAAGAAUUUUUUCCCUCCAGGAACUGAAGUAAUUAAUGGAGAAAAUCUGAGCUUUGUGUACGAAUUCAAAGCUGAUGCCUUAUUUGAUUUUUUCUAUUGGUUUGGGCUCAGCAAUUCCACUGUGAACGUGAAUGGAAAAGUUCUGAAUUUGUCAAGUACAAGUCCAGAAAAGAAAGAGACAAUUAAGUUAUUUCUGGAAAAAAUGAGUGAACCUUUUAUCCGAAGGAGCAGUUUCUCUGACCGAAAAUUCAGUGUAACUUCCAGAGGUUCAACAGAUGAUGUUUUUAACUGCAAUCUGUCACCCAGAUCAUCUCUAACAGAGCCCCUUUUGUCAGAAUUGUCAUUUCCAAGUGUUCUGGAAUCUGAAGAGAUACCCAAAGAAUUUAUCUGAUUGGACUGAACAUUUUUGAUGUGACUUCUCUACUCCAGCUGAAGGGAUGAGAGGAGGUGGGAGGCAAGCACUUCCAUCCCUUGCCAACCCCAGCUCCCCCAUGCCUUUUAAGAGGAUUCCUAUCUCCAUUUCCAUGGCAUCAUGCCCUGGGAGGGUCAGUGCAGCUGGAUUCCUUCAAGGUUUCAGUUACCAGAGUGGAAGGGCUUUGGCCCCAUGGUGUGGAGGUGGGAGAUUCUCUACUUGGCACAUUUCUCUAAGGCUGCAGGGUCCUGCAACCCUGAACCUUUGCGUGGCACCCUAGUGCCCUAGCAGUGUUCCUGGCCACUACCAUGGGAAUCAUCUGACUUGGGAGUUGGCUCAAGUAUCACCUGUGAUGUUUCCUAAAUCAGAAUCUGACCCUCUUCUUGGGACACCCUUGGUAAUGCCCAAAGCCAGGAAGCAUGGGGCUCAUGGGGCUCUUCUCUUCAAAGCUGUUGAGCAGAAAGCCUGCACCAGCUUUCUUGGGGAGGCAAUCAUGUGUUCUGAUCUGCCUCUAUGAAAUCUUAUGAGAAACUUCAACAUUUGGUUUACUGGAGGAUUGGCCAGGUAGCUAGCACAGUAACCUUGACAUUCCUUGCCUGAAAUGUGAAGUUUUUUGGCCUCCCUCUUAGCACAUGGCCCAUCCAGAAUGAGGUCAGGUGAUGUAGUACAUGGCAGCGUCCUCCUUCCUGCAAGCACAUUAUAUCAGUUGGGCAUUUAAAAUAAGCUUUAGCAAUUCUAACAUGAAAAGAAAAAUAGAAGAAAGCUAUACAGUAUCAUAAUACAUUGUUACAUCAAUACACUUUUCCUCUUAGCUGCAGUGGAAUUCUUCAAAAGAAGAAAGCCUAUUUCCAUAUAAAAACUUGCAUGAAUGAAUCACUACAUAUGUUCAUAAUGAGAUUUAUGGCUCCCAAGCAUCAUUUUUAUAUCCUUUUAAAAAUAUGUUCCUGUAUUGUACAUUUUGAUAACACUAUUGAUGGUACUGCCACUUAUAUUGAAAUUUUAUGUAGUACAUUUGCACAGUUAAAAUUUUCUUAGCAUUCAACCUAGAGUGGAUUAAAUUUGUGACCAGG